AUGGAUUCAACAUGGAUUCCACAGUUUAAGCUUUCAACUUUGGCAUUAGGCUCUUGCAAUUUAGAUAGAAUUCCAUCGUUUCUUGUGACCCAAUAUGACUUGGAAUAUCUGGACCUAUCUGCUAAUAGUAUCCAAAGAAAUAUUCCAUCUUCGAUAUGGAACUUAACCAGCCUUUGUAGUUUGAACCUUAGCUGUAAUCAAUUAACUGGGUCAUUGCCAUCUAGACUAACAUUACCCAAGUAUUUUGACUCUCUAGAUUUGCACAGUAAUAGCAUAGAAGGUGCUCUUCUUCUUCCUAAUGCUGGUGCUUAUCUGCUGGAUCUGUCGAUGAAUCAGUUCAAUGGUUCUAUUCCUACUGACAUUGGUGCGUAUCUUCAAAAUACAAGGUUCUUAUCCUUGUCGCGGAAUAAUCUCAGAGGGGCGAUUCCAGAUUCUAUUUGCACUUCAUAUUUGGAGGUUCUUGACCUUUCAAAUAAUACGCUGAGCAGUGUCAUUCCUCCUCAUUUAACCAGGAAUUGUUCUUCUCUUAGUGUUCUAGAUUUGGCGGAAAAUCAUCUGGAAGGUAAAAUGCCAGCAGAAUGGGGCAACGUUACAAAGAUUCAUACAUUGAAGGUCAAUGGUAAUCAUUUGAGAGGAGUUAUUCCCUCGUCCAUUUCAGAAGCCGCAGUAUUGGAUUUGGGAAAUAAUGAAUUGGAAGACACCCUUCCCUACUGGAUUGGAAAGCUAUCACAACUGCAUGUGUUGGUCUUAAGGUCUAAUCAUUUCCAUGGUAGCUUCCCACGCCAGGUAAUUGGCCUUCCAAAUCUUCAAAUUUUGGACCUUUCUGGCAACAACCUUUCAGGACCCAUUCCAAGAAACCUUACAAACUUGCUCGCAAUGGUCAAUGCAUCGCAGAGUAAUCCAAACCAUUUGGAAGACGUUAGAUAUACAAAUAAAAUUAAAAUUUCCUGGAAAGGCUGGGAUGUUGAAUUUGUGAAAGUUCUUUUCGUUCUUAAAUGUAUUGAUCUCUCAAACAACAACUUAUUGUUGGAAGAGGAUUGA